AUGCCAGAAAGCCUAACCACAAACGUCACAAAAGGUGCAGAGCCUGUGAGAGACGAGUACGCGUUUGUGGAUCCUUCGGCAUCUUCUACCGCAGCACACCGAACUGCAGACAUCAGACCCAAGCUUGCAACUUUGCAGGAUGCGGAAACAGCCAAGCAGGCAAGCUCAGAUCCCUCAAGACCUUGCACUGAAGGAUCACAGGCAGAGGCUGCUUCCAGCCCGGCGGAGAUCGCAAAGAUCGAGAUCAAAGAGGGGCACAGCGGAGACCUCCGCGGCGCAUCUGCGCAGGACAAAGGUGCAGUCAAGGGCAAAGGCAAAGGAAAGCUGCCACCACCGGCAGUGCCAAAGCACAAGGGUGACGGCAAGAAGGGGAAAGGAGGAGCCAAGGGUGACCUGAAAUCUCUCCAGGUCGACGAGGAAAAGAUGUCAAUGCGAAAAGCGGAGGUCAUCCCGACCGUCCAGGUGAAGCGAAUUUUUUGGAAUCCCAUCCAUCUCCGAGCCCAAAGCUCCACGGUAUGGGAUCUGAUCGAUGAUGAGUCUUAUUGCAUCGAUCUGGAGGAGCUGGAACGGCUCUUUGCGGAGGCCAGAAGUCCGAGAGGCAAACUGGAGGAGAAAACCGGAGGAGGUGAGGGAAAGCGGAUCAUUCGGGUCUUUGACGAGCAGAGGCGCAGGCAGAUUUGUAUCAUGAUUGCCCGUCUGCCGGGAAAUGCCUUGAAGCUGGUCAAUGACAUGAAUGCACUAAGGCUCGGCAGAGAUGAGGUCGAGCUACUCCUCCAGAACUGCCCAUCGGCAGAAGAGACACAUAUGCUUCGGCGUGCCCAAGAGGAGAAUGUUGUUGACGAGAACAAUGUUUGGGACACGGCAGAGGAAUUCAUGCUAUCGCUGCUGGCAAUUCCUCGAGUUCAACUGCGCUUGAAAGUGUGGGGCUUCGUCACCUCCUUCCAGGACAAGUUCGAGCAUGUCGCAGCUGAUGUGACUAGCAUUAUUUCAGGGUGUCGAUGCUUGCUGUCAUCGAUACGGGUGAGGCACUUGCUCGGAGUGGCAUUGCAUGCAGGGAAUUUCCUAAACGGUGGGACACGGCGCGGACGUGCAGAUGGCUUUGCGAUGGAAGCCUUGCUUCAGCUUCGCACUGUUAAGGCUACACAGGCCGCAGACGAGACUCUACUGCAUUUCAUCACGCUGCAGAUGGAGAAGCAGUACCCCGGUGAGCUUUCCGGCUGA